AUAAAAAUCAAUGAAUUAUUUGUCUAUGACCAGCAUUUCUUGUGUCUGUACGAUGUUGUGACAUCUAGAUUCUAGAUCUAUCAUUAAUUCGUAUGUUCAACUGAUAACAGCAUAUCUGUUCUUUAGAUUAAAUUUGGAGUUGUUUUUAUAAAUUACUAGUGCUAGUUAUUACUGUAAAUGAAUACCUAGUAAACAUACGUUACAAAUAAUUUUCAUUCAGCAUGGAAUUAAAUACAGAAGAAAUGAAGAAAAGUGGAUCCCGCUUCCAAGUAGCUAGAGUGGAUUCAAAAGAUGACGAAGCCAGAGAAAACUUGGUAGAUACGAAUGAUCCACUUGGCUCAAAUAGAAAAAAAUCACCUGAUCAUAAAAAAAAAUCAGUAGUCCUACCUAACAUCGACACAAGCAAUAGUACUUCAAGUCAAGAUGGACGAGUUGAUUUAAAUAAUUGUCCAGAAUCACCUUGUGCAACUUUUUCAAUCAGUGGUGAUUCUAUGAGAAGCCGAGGAUCUUUAGAAUAUACUAAAACAAAUUGUGUUAUGAAUACAAUUGAAGCUCUGCCUUGUGUUGAUCAUUAUAGAAAUAUUUUUUCUGCAACUGGUGGUAAUCUUAAGGCAAGACCAACUCUUGCAGAAUUGCAUGAAGAACUACUGGACGAUGAAGACCUCCGCUGUAGCAGGAAAGAUGGCGUCCCUGGCUACGAAGGUUCCACACAGAAUAUCCUGGCCAUGGGGGAGAGGGUGGUGGCCCCCACGCCCCUCCGGUUCGGCUGGAUCCAAGGCGUUCUGAUCCGAUGUAUCCUCAAUAUCUUUGGUGUGAUGCUCUUUAUACGUCUGCCCUGGGUUGUGGGCAAUGCUGGGAUUCUGCAGGCCACACUCAUCGUGCUGUUGUCUGGAAUUGUCACCACUCUCACAGCUAUUUCUAUGACGGCCAUCUGCACCAACGGGGAAGUGAAGGGUGGUGGAGCCUACUACAUGAUAUCCAGAAGCCUAGGGCCAGAGUUUGGUGGAGCCAUUGGCAUCAUUUUUUCUGUGGCCAAUGCUGUGGCUGUGGCCAUGUAUGUGGUCGGCUUUGCUGAGACAGUCCGUGACAUACUGGUGAAAUAUGAUUGUGUUAUAACAGAUGAAAUGAAUGACAUUCGCAUCAUUGGCAGCAUCACAAUCACAAUUCUCUUGGCCAUAGCACUAGUUGGCAUGAAUUGGGAAGCACGGGCCCAAGUCAUCCUGCUGGUGAUCCUAACUCUGGCUAUUCUCAACUUUUUUGUGGGACUUUGUAUUCCACCAAGUGAUGAGCAAAUGUCUAAGGGAUUUAUUGGGAUCAGAGAAGUUUUUACCACCAAUGUAUUCUCUGACUAUGAGGAGAAGGAAACAUUUUUUAGUGUUUUCUCCGUGUUCUUCCCCGCUGCGACUGGAAUUCUUGCGGGCGCCAAUAUUUCUGGUGACCUGAGGGAUGCAUCCAAGUCCAUCCCUAAGGGCACAUUCCUGGCCAUCUUUAUCACCACGGCCGUCUAUCUGCUGAUAGCUUGGUUCUCAGGCGCCAGUGUUCUGAGGCAGGCCAAUGGAAUCAUUCUAGCAUCAGCUGCUACUUUAAAUGUUUCGGAUCUGCUGGGGAACUCUUCCACGCCUGGCCCGCUUGGCGCUGGAGGCUCAGUUAUCAACACAUCGUACAGUCUGGCAAAUAGUCUCACUAACAAGGCUGUGUUUACACUGGGUCAGUACAGCUACAGUAAAGACUUUGUCAGCAACUGCUCGCUGGUUCCUGAGGGAUGCAAGUAUGGGCUCCUACAUUCCUAUCAGGUGGUGGAGAUGGUAUCAGCCUGGGGGCCUCUCAUCCUAGCCGGCAUCUUUUCCGCCACUUUAUCUUCUGCCCUGGCCAGCCUCAUGUCUGCACCAAAAGUCUUCCAGGCACUAUGCAAAGAUAAAAUAUUUCCUUUCCUGGAAUAUUUUGGUGUGGGCUAUGGUGCCAAUGAUAACCCAAGGAGAGCUUUCCUUCUGUGUUUUGCUAUUGGCUUUGCUUUCAAUAUGAUAGCUGAUCUGAACUUAAUUGCGCCACUGAUUUCAAACUUUUUCCUUAUGUCAUAUGCUUUGAUCAACUUUUCCUGUUUUGAUGCCUCCAUUGCUAAUUCACCAGGCUGGCGGCCAUCUUUUCGCUUCUAUAGCAAGUGGCUGAGCCUUGGUGGGGCAGUCCUGUGUAUUGUUGUCAUGUUCAUCAUCAACUGGAUCACUGCCUUUGUCACCUUUGGUUGUGUGGGAACUCUCUUCCUCUAUGUCCAUCACAGGAAACCAGAUGUCAACUGGGGGUCAUCCACCCAGGCCCAUGUCUACAGGAGUGUCCUGCAGUCUGCCCUCAAGCUGGUUAGGAUUGGAACUCAUGUAAAAAAUUUCAGGCCGCAGGUUUUGGUGAUGUCUGGCGAACCAGAAACGAGACCAGCACUGGUAGAUUUCUGCACACACAUCACACGCAAGAUGGGGCUCAUGGUUUGUGGGAAUGUUAUCAUUGGUAAGCAAGCUGACAACUUGCGGAAGAUCCACUCAGAGGCUCCGUACAACUACUUCAGCAAUCGUCACAUCAAAUCAUUUUAUUCAGUUACUACAGCCUCAACCUUUCAGCUGGGGGCCCAGGCCUUGAUGCAAAAUGUGGGCAUUGGAAAAUUCCGUCCAAACUUGCUGAUUUUGGGCUUCAAGUCCAACUGGCAAACAGACAACCCUGAUUCUGUUCAGCAGUACCUGGAUGUCAUCCACGAUGCCUUUGACCUGAAGAUGGGCGUGGGCAUCCUGCGAGUGAAGGAAGGUUUUGGCCUUGACAUUGAGACAAACACGUCAGUAUUUCAUGAGGACCUGGGACAAGAUGAUGAUGAUGCCAGUGAUGAUGACAGCCCCCGGGGUACUCCAGCCGCUGCGCCAGUGGUCAGCAGAGAUGAGAGUGAGAUGGAGAAGGGACAGAGCAAUGGGAAAUCUCUCGGUGCCAGCAAGUCAAAAGUGAACCUAGAAGAAGAAGAAGGUCGAGGAGAUGGCCUUGACCUUAACAAUCCACUAAUUCUGUGUAAACUUAACACUCAGGUACUAAAAACCAUGAACAAGUUCCGCAACAAAGAGAGGGGAACUAUUGAUGUCUGGUGGCUGUUUGAUGAUGGUGGCCUGACUCUACUACUGCCCUAUAUUUUGACAACCAAGCCCUACUGGAGAGGCUGUAGACUGCGUGUAUUUGCUGCUGGCACCAAACGAGGAGACUUGGGCUAUGAACAGAGACAGUUGGCAACCCUGUUGGCCAAAUUCAGAAUUGACUGCAAAGAUAUGACAGUGCUGCCAGAGAUCAAUAAGAAGCCGAGUGAAGAAAGCGUGAGGAUGUUCAAUUCCUACCUGGCUGACUGGAGACUGGACACGCAGAAAGGAGAGACCAAGAAGAAGUUCCCCUGGAAGACCACGGAGGAGGAGUACGACAUUCUCAGAGAAAAGACUUUGAGGCAAAUACGUCUGCGAGAACUUCUGAUUGAGAGAUCUAAAGAUGCUUCACUAAUAGUCAUGACCCUGCCCAUGCCUCGCAAGGCCACAUGUGGCGCUGGCCUCUACAUGUGCUGGAUAGACACCCUGACCAGGGACAUGCCUCCCAUCUUGUUGGUCCGAGGGAAUCAGGAGAGUGUCCUCACCUUCUACUCCUAGACCAGCAGACCACCGCAGCCUCUGUUGGACUGGACACACUCCAUGAGCAACUGUUGAUACAAGCUUUUUACACGAGGUCAGGGUAUGGGCCAGGGUUCUGUUGUCUAGCAGGAAUCACAGAGUACACAUAAAGUUUAUUUUUGUAGGUUUUUUACAUUUAGCCCAGAUGAUUUGUGCAAGACAAUGUUUUUGAUGCCAGAUGUGUUUCCCAUGUAGAAGUUGUUUUGAUCAAAACUGUGCACCUAUUUGAAAACCCUCUGGUGGGGUGUUAGACUUGAGGCCUUAUUGUUACUGAUGUCAACAUAUGCUUCUAUGUGUCUUUGUAUCUAUCAGAUAACUCUAUUAUAUUUUUGCUCUCAGUUUCACAUAUUUUUCCCUAUCUAUGACAACCAGGUUAAAUUUUUUUUUUCAUGACAACCAGGUUAAUUUUUUUUCCAUGACAACCAGGUUAAUUAUUUUUUCCAUGACAACCAGGUUAAAUAUUUUUCCCCAUGACAACCAGGUUAAUUUUUUUUCCAUGACAACCAGGUUAAUUUUUUUUUCAUAACAACCAGGUUAAUUAUUUUUCCCCAUGACAACCAGGUUAAAUAUUUUUCCCCAUGACAACCAGGUUAAAUUUUUUUCCCCAUGACAACCAGGUUAAAAAAAAAUUUCAUGACAACCAGGUUAAUUUUUUUCCAUGACAACCAGGUUAAAUUUUUUUCCCCCAUGACAAUCAGGUUAAAUAUUUUUCAUCCAUGACAACCGGGUUAAUAGAUAUUUUUUCCCUGAACUUGACAACCUUAUUUGAUAAGAAGCAACAAACCUGACAUUUAUCAAACUAUAUUUCCAUAUUAGUGUCAUUAUCCUUCUUAAGCAAUACAUUCAUGGAAUGGAAGUUUAUAUAGUUUUUCUAGGUGCUCAGCAAGGUUGGCCAUCAGAGGUGUGCCAGGUUGGCCAUCAGAUGUGUGCCAGGUUGGCCAUCAGAUGGCUGCCA